GCGGCUGGGCGCUAAGAUGGCGGCGGCGUGAGUUGCAUGUUGUGUGGAGGAUCCCCGGGGGUGGGGGAGGGCCGCCGCGUCGCUCGCUCGCUCGGGCCCGGGCCCCAGCCAUGGCCGUCACCAUCACGCUCAAGACGCUGCAGCAGCAGACCUUCAAGAUACGCAUGGAGCCUGACGAGACGGUGAAGGUGCUGAAGGAGAAAAUAGAAGCAGAGAAGGGAAGAGAUGCUUUCCCUGUGGCUGGGCAGAAACUCAUCUAUGCAGGCAAGAUCCUGAGUGACGAUGUCCCCAUCAGGGACUACCGAAUUGAUGAGAAGAACUUUGUGGUCGUCAUGGUGACCAAGACCAAAGCCGGCCCUGGAACCUCAGCACCCCCAGAGGUCUCGCCCACUGCUGUCCCAGAGUCCCCCACACCCUUCCCUCCAGUCCCUGCCUCAGUCAUGUCCCACCCUCCACCCACCAGCAGAGAGGACAAGAGCCCGUCGGAGGAGUCUGCCACCACCACAUCUCCCGAGUCCAUGUCAGGCUCUGUUCCCUCUUCAGGUAGCAGCGGGCGAGAGGAAGACGCGGCCUCCACGCUAGUGACGGGCUCCGAGUAUGAGACAAUGCUGACGGAGAUCACGUCCAUGGGCUACGAGCGGGAGCGAGUUGUGGCUGCACUCCGAGCCAGCUACAACAACCCCCACCGAGCUGUGGAGUAUCUUCUCACGGGAAUUCCAGGGAGUCCUGAGCCGGAGCAUGGCUCUGUCCACGAGAGCCAAGUGUCAGAGCAGCCGGCCACAGAAGCAGGUGAGAACCCCCUGGAGCUCCUGCGGGACCAGCCCCAGUUCCAGAACAUGCGGCAGGUGAUUCAGCAGAACCCGGCGCUGCUGCCUGCCCUGCUCCAGCAGCUGGGCCAGGAGAACCCGCAGCUUUUGCAGCAAAUUAGCAGGCACCAGGAGCAGUUCAUCCAGAUGUUGAAUGAGCCCCCUGGGGAGCUGGCCGACAUCUCAGAUGUGGAGGGGGAGGUCGGUGCCAUAGGGGAGGAGGCUCCGCAGAUGAACUACAUCCAGGUGACACCACAGGAGAAAGAAGCAAUAGAGCGGGUAAGAACCUGCUCAGAGUUGCUGGCAGGACCAGGAGGCGACAGAUGGGUCUUUCUUGGCCGCUGUCCCAGCUCCCUGCAGCCAGAUGGAGAGGCGGCUGCCUGCUUUCCCACACCUCGAAGCGCCCCUGAGGACCCCUACCCCGCCCUCUUCCAGGAUGAAGGGAAGCUCAAGUCCCAAGUUUGAUCCUCCAUUGGAGUGGCCCAAAUACUUCCAUCUGGGGUGAGCCUGAGGCCAUGGCGCUCUCCAGUCUGGCCUGGGAAGAGGCAACACCAGUUCUGGAAGGCCGAGGACACCACCGCCCAGAGAGAAUUGUGUCUUGGAUAAAGGUUUUGGAGUGAAUAAAGUUUUAAAACCAGG